AUGGCAACUCCACAGAAGGCAACGAUUACAUCAAAUGCCAUGAAGAUGUUAGAUCCACGUCAGUUAAAACCUGAUAGCAUUGAGACAGAAAGAAUCAUAACUGUCUUGGAUGAGACGAUUGCCAAGCUGGAGCUGAGCAGUUUGAUCCCACGUAUUAUCGACUCUCUGGACAGGUUUGCUAAUAUGCUGGGACCUGAGAUCACGGACAACCUGAUGGAGCACCAAAAGCUUUCACAUGAAAUGGAGCACCUGCUUUCCAGCUCUGGAGAGGAGGACACCAUGAGAGCUGAGGAACAACAGGUCUGUCUCUGCUUGCUAGAGCAACAUCUGAAAUGUUCUGUUAGAAACAUACUGAGACUCUUACUGGCCAACCCUUCGCUUUGCCAGGCUCUGAAAUACGAAGUCUGGGCAAGAGAGUCACCAGCUGAAGUGUUUAUCAAAGCCUUUGGGGAGUUCAGGAAUUUCAUGCUUGAGAGACUCCUGACUAGUCCUGUGGAAGAGGAAGAAAAGAUUCGGUUCGUGGAAGACAUCUCCCUCCAGAUUAAAAAAAACACUGAAGCAAUCACAGCUUUACAGGCAGAACUGGCAGCAGCAAUCCGGACUCGAGAGGAGGAGAUUCACAAGAAGGACAAUGUGAUCGAAGACCUCAAAACCAGCAUGCAAGAUCUGACCAAAGAUUGCAAGGCCAGCAUCCAGCAGAUCAAGCAGGAAGGGGAAAAACAGCAGAAAGAGGAGCUGAAAGCCUCUCAGGCCAGGUGUGCUGGGCUCCAGCAGGACAUUGACCAGCUAGGAGCACAACUCAAUGCACUUGUACUGGAGCAUCGAGCAUCAGAGCUGGCUCUCAGAAAGAGGAAGUGCAGAAUGGAGAUGGAAAUUGGGAACUGGAUCCAGAAAUACGACACACACAUGGGAGAAAAACAGGCUGAGUAUGAGGAGGUUCAUGCUGCCUACACUGAGGAGAAGGCCCAGCUGUCCCUGCUGAUGGAGAAACGUGCUGUGCUUCUCCAGGAGUAUUCCCAGAUUGAGGAGGAGCGCAGGAUCCAACAGGAGAAGGAGGAGCAGGCACUGAAGGAAUUCAACACCAUGACCCGUGCUGCCACCUGCAUCCAGGCCUUCUGGAGAGGCUACUUGGUCCGGGUCCUCUUCAAGUCAAAAAGGAAGAAGAAGAAGAAGGGCAAGGGCAAGGGCAAGGGCAAGAAGACCAAGAAAUAA